UGAUUUUUUCUUUAGUGGCAUUCAGAGGAAGACCAGAGGAUGAAAAUCCUGCAUUUUCUCACUUUACUGCUUUGGCAUUUGACUUGGCUGUCUCUGGAUCUAGUUCCUGGAGCGCUGAGUAAUUCUGAAGCAGGUCAAAGUAAUCCAGGAUCUAAACUAGGUUUUUUAAAAGCAGAAGGAAAAGAGAGGAAUCCUUCAGCACGGGCAGGUACACUGAGGACUGCAAGCCAUGGAUAUAGUACUGGGACCUCAAAGGCUAGGACUAAAAGCAGUGCUGUUCAGGCUGGAGCUCUGCUGGCCAAGAAUGAUGAAUCAAAGAAGGUUCUCUCAAGAACAGCAGCCACGGAGGGCAAGGUAGGACAACUCCCCAGCAGACCUUCUGGAGUAAGGACAGUGACUCCAAAGGUUCAAAAUCUUAGCAGCAAGGUGGCUUUGAAAAAAACUGGCACGAGCAGUACUGACACUGAUUCUUUCAAAACCAAAAAGACUAAAGAGCCUGGUACCCAGAGGGAAACUAAGGAAACUUUCAGACAUCCCCCUAUAACGCCACAUGAAUACAUGCUCUCUUUGUACAGGACUCUCUCAGAUGCAGAAAGAAAAGGUGUUAAUGGAAGUGUAAAACUGGAGGCUGGACUUGCCAAUACAAUAACCAGCUUUAUAGACAAAGGACAAGAUGAGCGAGCGCCAACUAUAAGAAAACAAAAAUAUAUUUUUGACAUCAGUGCAUUAGAAAAAGAUGGUUUGCUGGGAGCAGAGCUUCGAAUAUUGAGGAAAAAGCCAUCUGAUACAUGGAAGUCUCUUUCUUCUGGAAAAACUUCCCAAGUGAAAUUAUUUAGUUGCUCUACAAACAGACAAGCAGCAACACUCCUGGACUCUCGUACUGUCAGUAUCACGGAUACACCGAAGUGGGAAGUGUUUGACAUCUGGAAACUUUUCAGGAACUUUAAAAACUUGGUUAACUUGUGUUUUGAACUGGAAACUUUUGACAGGGGGAGAGCUGUUGAUCUCAGGAGUGUGGGAUUUAAUAGAACAGGAAGACAGGUCAAUGAAAAAGCUCUCUUCUUGGUAUUUGGGAGGACGAAAAAAAGAGACUUGUUCUUCAACGAAAUCAAAGCUAGAUCCGGCCAAGAUGACAAAACUGUUUAUGAGUACUUAUUCAAUCAGAGGCGGAAGAGAAGAGCUCCUCUAGCAACACGGCAAGGGAAGAGGCCUACUAAGAAUCUGAAGGCAAGGUGUAGCAGAAAAGCCCUCCACGUGAAUUUUAAGGAUAUGGGCUGGGAUGACUGGAUAAUAGCCCCUCUAGAGUAUGAAGCGUAUCACUGCGAAGGGCUCUGUGAAUUCCCGCUUCGAUCUCAUCUGGAGCCCACCAAUCAUGCAGUUAUCCAAACAUUAAUGAACUCAAUGGACCCAGAAUCAACACCCCCGACUUGCUGUGUCCCAACCAGGCUGAGUCCUAUUAGCAUUCUUUUCAUUGACUCUGCAAACAAUGUGGUCUACAAACAAUAUGAGGACAUGGUGGUGGAGUCGUGUGGUUGUAGGUAGCAGAACAGUUGCUCACAUGAAUAUGUUAUGAAAGGUAAUAUGACACAUAUGAACAUAACCUCUCCUCAAACAAGGUUAACUAGAUUUCUUACCUCUAGGGCAAGUAUGUUUACAAGGAUGUAGCAAUAAAUCCAGUGCUUCUAUAUGUCUCUCCACAGUGGGCAUAUUUCUGUAGCAUUUGGGUGCUGUCAUGCAGCCUGGUAUAAGGCCUUGUAUCAGUGACAUAAGACUGGCUCUAUCUAAAGUCCAUGAUAGAGAAGAUUAUAUCUCCACACCUCUAGAUCACCUGCUUUUAGCCUCGAGGCAGCGGGUAGAGAUGGUAUCAGUGAGCUCUGGGUAUGACCUGUUUGAUCCUCUGAACAAUGUUCUUGACACUGAAUUUAUGUCUGAGUCCCAUGUGCUUUGUCCAUUAAGAAAUGUAAGAAAAGAGUCCUGAUGUCUAGGAGGUUGUGUUCUGAUGUGCUCCCAUCUUGGUGUAAAUAGUUACACUGUAAUAUGAUUUCUUUCUGAUUAGCUCUUGAAAGUAUGCAUAUAUAAAAAAGGAAUCAUUAAAUAUAAUAUGUUGAUUUAGUUUUAAGUUUUACAUGGAGAUAGAUGAUGCAGGAGGUAUUUGCUUCCAUGUAUGUUUUCCUGCAAGCUACAUAUCUUUCUUAAGUAUCCACCUUUACAUUAUUAUGUAGCAAGAUAUAUUACUCUGUAUAAGGUCCAAGUUGUUCUCAAAUGCUCAUAGUA